AACCAAAUUAAACAACAUGGCGGGCCCCUGGAAAGAUCCCUGGGGAUCGAGAAUGCCCUCCCUCCGGAGACGCUUGGGCGUUUUAGCAGCUGGAGGCCCAUCGACAGUGUUGAGCUCAGAAAAAACGCCUCAGUCUGUUUUUUCCAUGGGACACAGGACGAAAAGUCCUUUCAACAGAGCCCCCUCCUCCUCCCGCUUGCUCCGGCAACUCAUUCGCCGCUCUCAGGACGAGGAACAGGGAGAAGGGGAAUCCGAGGAGUCCUCAAAGUCCGACAUGCUGAAUUCGGAGGAGGAAUUUGAUGGGGUCCUGACCGAAGAGGCAGUGGGCAAGGCACUGUAUGAAUUGGGGCGCUCAGGCUCUGGGACUGAACAGGUCUACCUCAACCUAACUCUAUCAGGUUGUGAUUUAAUGGACAUUAGCAUUUUGUGUGGAUAUGUUCACCUGCAGAAGUUGGAUCUUUCAGCGAAUAAAAUUGAAGAUUUGUCUUGUGUGAGUUGCAUGCCUUAUCUUCUAGAACUUGAUGCUUCACAAAAUAAACUGACUACAUUCUUCAAUUUCAAGCCACCCAAAAAUCUCAAGAAGGUGGAUUUUUCCUGCAACCAGAUUUCUGAAAUGCACGAUUUGUCAGCAUACCGUGCUCUCACUGAACUAAUUUUGGACAACAAUGAAAUAGAAGAAAUCAGUGGACUGAAGAUGUGCCACAGUCUAAUCCACCUUAGUUUGGCCAACAACAAGAUCACAACAAUUAAUGGCUUAAACACGUUACCAAUCAAAAUACUUUGUCUGAGCAAUAACCAGAUUGAGAAGGUCACAGGUUUGGAAGAUCUGAGAGCUCUGCAGAAGUUGGAUCUGGCUCACAAUCAAAUAAGUAGCCUCCAGGGCUUAGAGGAUCACAACGUCCUGGAAGUAAUCAACCUAGAGGAUAAUAAGAUUGCUGAACUGGAUGAAAUAGAAUACCUUGAAAGUCUGCCUAUCCUUCGAAUUCUCAAUCUUCUACGAAAUCCAAUUCAGGAGAAAUCUGAGUACUGGCUCUUUGUAAUAUUUAUGCUACUGCGAUUAACAGAAUUAGAUAAGAAGAAAAUUAAAGUGGAAGAAAAGGUGGCAGCCGUGAAUAAAUAUGACCCUCCCCCUGAAGUGGUUGCAGCCCAAGAUCACCUGACCCACGUUGUCAACAGUGUGAUGCAGCCACAGAGGAUCUUUGACAGCACCCUUCCCAGUUUGGAUGCCCCUUACCCCAUGCUGAUACUAGCUGGGCCUCAAGCCUGUGGGAAACGAGAACUUGCACACCGCCUUUGCAGACAGUUUAACACUUACUUCAGAUAUGGGGCCUGUCAUACUACAAGGCCACCAUACUUUGGAGAAGGGGAUCGAGUUGAUUAUCACUUUAUCUCUCAAGAAGUUUUUGAUGAAAUGCUCAACAUGGGGAAAUUCAUUCUAACAUUUAAUUAUGGCAACUACAGUUAUGGAUUAAAUAGGGACACCGUAGAAGGUAUCGCAAGAGAUGGGUUAGCAAGCUGUAUCCAUAUGGAAAUAGAAGGUGUAAGAAGUUUGAAAUAUUCCUAUUUUGAGCCUCGAUAUAUCUUGGUGAUACCCAUGAAUAAGGAGAACUAUGAGGGAUACUUGCGGAGAAAAGGAUUAUUCAGUCGUGCAGAAAUUGAAAUUGCCGUCUCCAGAGUGGACCUUUACAUUAAAAUUAAUCAGAAAUUUCCAGGUUAUUUUGAUGCAGUAAUCAAUGCAGAUGAUCUGGAUGUUGCCUACCAAAAGCUGAGUCAGCUCAUUAGGGAAUACCUGGGAUUGGCUGAAGAACCUGCCAAGGGUCUGACUCCAACUGCAGGAGUCCCCUGUAGCAAGAAGACUGUCUCUGGGGUACCAGCACACCUGGUUCCCUCCCCUAGACGCCUGGCGAAACUGCAAGCAGAUGGCCAGAUAACAGAGCAUCUCUCCGGGCAGGUUCAUGUAAAGGUCCCUGAAAAUCAGAACCCACCUCCCUCCCAGAACCAAGAGCUGGCCCAGGAGGAAGAAACCCAGAAGAAAGAGCUGAUUCCCACUAGCUUCGUCUCUUCAGAGCCUACCCAGCAGCCCAGCUCACCCACACUUGAUAUUCCUCAGCAAACCCAGGACUUGUCCCCGCACCCAAUGGAAGAGGAUGCGCCACAGUCAGAUCUUUCUCCAAAAAUAACAACCACCGAGGCAGAUGUCUCUGGAAGCAAGGCCCAGCUCUUGGAGGUGGAAGCCGAUGGAGGAGAGCAGUCUUCAACCACUGAUUCCUACAUCCCACCUCAUCACCCUGAGCCUCCUGCACCCCACAGGCCUCAUUCAGACCAGGAUGAGGAAUCAGGGGAGGCCAGGGUAGCUCCCAGCAGUGCUCCCCCAUCUGAACCUCCGCAGGGCCUAGCUUCUCUCAACCCUCAGGAAAUCCAGGAUGCAGAGACUGAGUCCUCCAAACCCCCACCCAACAGUUCCCACCAGGAUCCUGCAGAAGCUCCGUCCCACCCUGACUCAGUGAAGAAGCUUGAUGGAGACUCUCAACCACCUCUGAAGGAGGAAACCCCCAAGGCAGGAGCAGCCCGCGUCAGCACUCCUUACCCUGAACUGCCGCCUCCCAGAGACUCAUUCACUAAUGUGAAACAGACCCAGGACAUGGAACACCCAGUGGCUUUGCUCUCCAGAAGCCGGCUGGCUCCUACCAGGCUGCCCCAGCCGCAGACCCUCGCACCCCUGCAGAGCAGGAGGCCCACCCCCAAGCUCCUCUCACCCAGCAGAGAAGCGGCUGCCAGAACAAGCUCCGAUCAAACCAUGACGUCUUCUCCCAGGCCUCUCCCCACUCAGGAAGCAGACCCCGGGAAACUUCCUGCCGUCAGUCCUCCCCAUUCCAAACUGCCCUCAAGUCUGAGCCCCCACGCUGCCCACACUCCUCAGCAAGUCCAGGAGGAAAAAGUCGGUGAGGUGACACUCCCUCUCAUCAGUGCUCCCGUCCAGGAGCAAGGACCGCCGCACAUCCCCAGUGCGUCCCAGGAGGGUGCUCCGACUAUCAGGCUCCCUCGGAUUCCUACUCCCUUCGCUGAACCACAGCUACCUGGGGCCAUGGGAGCUCACCCUAAUCCAAAGCCUGCAGAGGAAAGGAAGACACCCAAAGCAGGCCAUCCCUCCAGCAAGAAGAUCCCCAAUAUGCAGGCCUCACCCCAAAGCCAAAAACCCAUGCAGCAUAAAGGAGCUAGGAAAAAAAAACUCCCUCUCCAAAGAGACACAGAUAGAGGGCCAGCACAUCAGAGGAAGGCACCACCUGGAGGCCCACAGCUGACGGUGCAGCUGGAGUCCCCUUGCAAGCCAGCUCCCACAAAGAUCCCUGACCAUCCCAACCCCAGUCCUUCUCCAAGCCCCCAGGGGCACCAGAGGCAACAAGUCCACCUGCCAGGAAUUUCUGAGCUACCCCACACUGACCCACAACCCAAAGACCCCCAAUCACAGGAAGAGAAAAGGGAAAAAACACAUCAUUCCAGAAAAAAGGCCCAGCCUAAUCUGCCCCCAAAUGAAUCCAAAAAAGGACCAUCUUUGAAAAGAGAUGUUUCUCAAGGAUUAUCUAAAGAAAAUGAAACUGCCUUCAGUGGAGACCAACCAGUUCAAGAGGGUCAGCCUGCACAGAAGAGACCCCUACAGAGUGAAAAGGACCCUACCGAGUCAUUACAGGGCCACCCUGAUCCUGUGGAGCAUACAGAGAGGAGAGACCAGCUCCACACAAAGGAAAGGCGUCAGAAGAGAGAAAUUGUGUUGGAACCCCGAGAGAAAAAGAGCGUGUCCUAUAAAGGCACCCGUCAGAUCAGAGAGAGCUCUGUCCAAAGGCAUAGUGCGUCUGCUUCCAAGCCACAAACCAAAGACAAACGAACCCGAAAACAUAGGGGCGUAGCGCAAGACAGAAGCAUCGCUGCUCCCCAGGGUCAGGUGUCUGCCGAGGAGCUGGGCAGCCGGACAGAACGACUGCGAGCUAGGGGCAGUCAGAGCACCACGGUGUGAGUCCUUCCUGGAGCCACUAGGUUGUUAAAGUCUGUUAUCCCCCAGAUGAAAAACUAUGACGAGGCUACUCUGAGUUACACAUUGGCUUCCUUCUGCAACCACAGGUCACCUCAGUGAGGGACCCACCCAUGAUGGCCAGCCAGCAAGGGCCCACCUUUGUCCCUCUGUGCCUGCUGUACAGCUCACCAUUGUGGUGGGAAGAGCAGCUUUUGCAAAGGGAGGCAGCAGCAGGAGGAGACAGUGAGGUCAGUUGCUGCCAACCAACAGGCCUGUUCUGAAGGCAAUAUCAGCAAGGAGCCUUUGUGUCUAGACAUAAAUAAAUUCCAACAGCAGCUCCAACUCUGGCUGGAGCAGAGCCAAAUUGCCACUCAGGUUUGCAUUAGGAAAAUCCACUUCUAGAUUAGAAAAUGUUCUCAUGCCUGAACAAAAAGAAUUCUGCAAAAGUUCUGUUUCUGGAGAUUCCCAACCUACAGUUAAUUUAACUUCCAUAGGGAAAAGAUUACAUCUUUGCAUGCACG